CAAAGGUCGAUAUGGUAGUAAAUACGUGGCUUGUUCUCUUGUUCCUCUCCAUACACGCCACAUUUGUCGGGGGUAGAUAUUACAAAGCCCAGAGACUAGAACGACAAGUACCACCUCAUGGAGGUACAAACCCUCAUUGCCAGAACAAAAUUGAUAACUGUGAGGAACACAUUGGCCAAUAUCUCACCAUGUGCAGUCCAGACUCUCCGUUUUAUGAAUGGGCAACCACGAACUGUAAGGCCUACUGUGGUGUCUGUCAAGGUGGACCCACUACUAUAGAACAUAUCUGCCUGGAUGAGUUAAACUAUUCUGACAUAUUCGAUAUACCCCAAGCAUGUCUCGAUUUCGCCAAACGGGCCUCCCAGAACUGUCACCGUACAUGUGAUAUUUGUCAGGGAGGUCCGACAACAACGCCGCCCUUGUGUGUUGAUACGCUGACCACGUGUGGUUCAUUUGACAUCCCAAAGGCUUGUCUGGACUUUCCAAAAUGGGCUUUGGAAAGCUGUAGAUUCACGUGCAAAGUCUGUACAGAAUUAGAGCCACCCAUCGUCGUACCUCCAGGUGUGGGGCGGAAGUGACGUUUCUAUUCCUUUCACUGCUCAGUAUAUAUGCAAUAAAUACUUUCAUUGAAUCGAUACAA